ACUGCGCAUGCGCGCACAAUCACAAAUACGCCCGCUGCCUGACAGACAGUCGAAAGCGAAUCAGCUGGAGCAAUAUGACUGGCUAGUUUCUCUCUGUCCUUUCUUGUGCUGUUUGACGCGUGAGGUCAGAGGUCAUGGCUGUGGAUUGUGGCGUGUUCGUGGACUGGUCUCAGAUGGGCGAUGUGAGUCGCGACGCGGCUCCCGGUAAGAUCGAAUAUAAAGACUUAAAGGAGCUGAAGCAGCACGCCCGCUCGGGCCAGUGGGCCAAAAAUCACAGCCAGCGCUCGGCCGUUUAUCAGCAGCUGCUCAAAGCGCUCCCGUGUCGCACAGUCACGCCGGACGCCGCGGUCUACCGGGACAUCGUGGGCAAUUCCAACAGCAAGCGCAACCCAUCCGCUUACCCAUUGCCAGAGUUUGUGGAUGGGACGGCGGUGCCAUGCUACUGUCUGAAAGCCGAAUCUGUUGGAUCAGUGCAUGCUGUCCUUUCUUCCAUCGCAGGGCAGUUCCCAGAUAUAUCGCACUGCCCGUCGUUGCCGCCGGUGACGGCGCUGCUGCUGCACUGGAGCGCCGAUGAAGCGCAGUGCUUCGAGAGCGUCAGUCGCAUGCUGGCCUGCAACGAACCCGGGCGCCGUUUAUUAGAUCAGACUUUCCUCGCGUAUCAGUCGGCCUGCAUGACCUUCGGCGACCUCGUGCAUAAAUACUGCCCGGCCGCGCAUAAGCUGAUGGUCGCCACAGCGACAGACGUGCUGGAGGUUUACUCUGAUUGGCAGCGAUGGGUUCUGGGCGACCUGCCCUUCAGCUUCGCCGCGCGUGUGAUGGACGUUUACUUGGUGGAGGGGUAUAAGGUCCUUUACCGCGUGGCGCUGGCGAUACUGAAGUUCUACCGCAAGCAGUGCGCCGCCGCAGGCUCGGCCCUAACCAAGCAGGACUCGGCAGCGGUCAGGAGCGAUAUCCAGGCAUUUGUGCAGAACAUCGGGAAAAGCGUGACGCCGGAUAAGCUCCUGGAAAAGGCCUUUUCCAUUCGCCUGUUCAGCCGGAAAGAGAUCACGCUGCUCCAGCUGGCCAAUGAGAAAUCACUCCAGCAGAAAGGCAUCACUGUCAAACAGAAGAGCUCUAUCAAAAGACAAAAUGUCCAGUUAGCGGUGAACGCUGAUAAUUUCAGCUCGGAGAUCGUCAGUGCGAAAGAGAUCAGAGAUAUCUGGUCGUGGAUCCCGGAGCGUUUCGCUUUAUGUCAGCCGCAGCUGCUCUUCACCACAUCCACACACGGCUGCAGCCUCAACCGGUUUUAUUCACAUUGUGAGGGAUAUGAGCCGACACUAAUGCUCAUCAGAACUACAGAUGGAGAGGUGUGUGGAGCCUUCCUGUCCACUGAUUGGGAGGAGCGGAAGAGGGGCGGGAACAAGCUCAGCUUCUUUGGCACUGGAGAGUGUUUUCUCUUCAGAAUGAAGCCGGAGAUGGAGCGUUACGAGUGGGUGGUUAUCAAACACCCGGAGCUGGCGAACGCGGCUCAGUCCACAGACGAUGAACAGACCGGUGCACCACAGUCUCUAGAGAAACCGGCCACAGACCCCUCUCACCUGUCCCCCUUUCUGUCCGCGCGACACUUCAACCUCAACUCAAGGAACACCUCCAUGUUUAUGGCGGGAAACGUCGACUCCAUCAUUAUCGGAGGAGGCGAAGGUAACGCUCUGUACAUCGACUCGGAGCUGAACCACGGCCGAACCGAGCGCUGCCUGACCUUCGACAACCCGCCGCUGUGCGCUGAGAGCUUCCAGAUCGCUCUGCUGGAGGUUUGGGGCUUCAAAGACGCCAUGGCUUCAUAAGAGUGGCUCGCCACGACUGCAGAUGCUGACAGAUGCUGUGGCUGUAAGAUCCAUUCAGUUGUGAUAGACGUCCCUUCAUGUAGGCCGUAACGGAGAUGUGAUGCUCCUCCAGUGCACUAAAAGAUCCGACCCGAGCUCCAGUGAAGAUGUCAUGUUUAUUGUGUAUAUUUAUCGAUUGAAAACGUAUCUCGAGGUUUAUUUUGAUGCUUUUCAUAUCGGCGGAAAGCUGUUCUGAUGCAGGAAAUGAAGUUUAGUAUUGAAGGAUUCUGUCAGUUUCAUCAAGACCGAAGUUUGCAUUUUCUGCAGUAAUUAUUAAUAUCUACAAGAAAUGAGGAUCAGACUUUCAUGUUAAAUCAAAACCACCUUUGUCGAUGUGAUUCCAGCAAGGUGUUAGAUAUUUGUCACUGUCUUUUCUGGUGCUGAACACACUGAUAUAUCAUUGUUUUCUCAUUACAGUCACAAGAACUCGGUGAGGGUCAUCAAAAUGUUUUUUUUUAAAUGCAAAAUAUAAUUUAUUUCUGUUCAUUAUGGGGUGAAAUAUGACCCCUGGGAUUUCUCAUGGUUUGCCCAGCCGAGAGCGAUCAAAAUUUCUCUGUCCCGAAUCCC